AUGGCUACGCCAUCAUCAAUGCCAUGGAAAAGAGGUACUACCGAUGCAAUUCUAGCCAUGGACAUCCAUCAUUGUGGAAGUUCUGUCAUGGCUAAUGAACAGAAAACUUGGUGUGUGGCCAAGCCAUCGUCGGAUCAAGCAACUUUACCAGCGAAUAUCAAUUACGCAUGCUCUCACGUGGAUUGCCAGAUUCUACAAAAGGGUUACCCUUGCUUUUCUCCAGAUAGUCUCAUAAGCCAUGCAUCAAUAGCCAUGAAUCUGUACUACCAAUGUAAGGGAAGGAACCACUGGAAUUGUGAUUUCAGGGACUCUGGCCUCAUUGUCAAGACUGAUCCAAGCUAUAGCAACUGCAUCUAUGCCUAA